AUGGAGCCCCUAGACCAGCCCGACUGGUUUCACCUUGCAUCAGACUUCAACUCAUCCUCUGCAGCCACUCCCUCACUCUUCCUCCAUUCCUACCUCCACCUCUUCAACAUCUCCUCCAACCUGUCCACUCAAAGUGUCCCCUUUCAGGGCAGCAGCACUCUGAUGACAGCAGUCAUCUCCCUCACAGUCUUCAUGGUGGGUCUGACCGGUAACACUCUGGCCAUCUAUGUGGUGCUGCGUUAUGCCAAAAUGAAGACAGUCACCAAUAUCUACAUCCUGAACCUGGCUGUGGCUGAUGAGCUCUACAUCAUCGGGCUCCCCUUCCUCACCACACAAAACGUGCUCUCCUAUUGGCCGUUUGGCUCCUUCCUGUGCCGUGUGGUCAUGACGGCAGACUCUAUGAACCAGUUCACAUCUAUUUUCUGCCUGACGGUCAUGUCCAUCGAUCGUUACCUGGCUGUGGUUCAUCCAAUCCGCAGCACCAAGUGGAGACACCCCCGCGUGGCCAAGGUGGUGAGCACAGCCGUGUGGGCCGUGUCCUUUGUGGUGGUCCUGCCUGUGGUCAUCUUCUCUGAUGUUCAGGACACAUUUAACUCCUGCAACAUGAACUGGCCAGAGCCAAAGAACGUGUGGUCAACAGCCUUCAUUCUCUACACUGCCACAGUGGGCUUCUUUGGACCGCUGCUCAUCAUUUGCCUCUGCUACCUACUUAUCGUUAUCAAGAUGAAGUCAUCAGGGGCGCGGGCGGGCUUCACCAAGCGUCGGCGUUCAGAGCGCAAGGUGACACGGAUGGUGGUGGUGAUCGUGGUGGUGUUUGUGCUCUGCUGGCUGCCGUUCUUCAUCAUCAACAUUGUCAAUCUGGUGGUCAUUAUACCAGAGUCCAGCGCCACUGCUGGCAUCUACUUCUUUGCUGUCAUUCUAUCCUACGCCAACUCCUGUGCCAACCCGGUGCUGUACGGUUUCUUGUCGGACAACUUCAGACAGAGCUUUAGAAAAGUGCUGUGUGUAAGGAGUGUGAGGUGCAAGGCCAAUGGUGUGGAUGAUGGCGACCCCAGUGCUCCACGCACUGAGAAAACAACAGCACACGACUGCAUCCGUCUCUCCACUCGUAACCAGGCUUACCACGAUCCCCAGAGCAGCCAGAUCUCUCCUCACCCCCCAAGCUCACCUAUCUCUCACACAGCAGCAGACCUGCACCGCUCCACCCCUUCAUGUCAACCUCCCCCCACUUGCCCAGGAAUCGGACCCACCACUACCACGGUAACCUCCACAGCAGCCUCCACGGUAACCUGCAUGGUAACCAGGGCUGAACUUCCCUCCGUCGGUGCCCCGACUACGCCCUGACUACGCCCUGACUACACCCUCCUCUCCAGCAUUCAUAGCUCCGCAGGAACAGGAGCCAAGGAACGAUGAACAUCACUGUGUUUUAGGAAGUAAAAAGAGAAGCUGAGGAGGAAAAACAUGAUAUGAGACUACAGAAUUGGAAGCAGAGGGGUUCGAUUAGCUGAUCGAAAUAGAAAAAACUGAUGUUUUUCUGCAGUUACAAUGUAAAAGUUGGCUAGUUUCUGACACACACAUGAACACUCAUUCUAUAUGCAUUCCAACAUUUAUCAUCCAUUUCAGUGGGACAACCUCAUGAAUAUUUUUCAUGUCUCGAUGUGUAUGUAUGAAUCAGCCAGCUGUUCAACAAGCUCCAUUUUUCUUUCCAUCCAACCAUCUGACCUAAGUGCCUUUUCAGCUGCUCUCAGCAAUUAUGACGGCUCCUAAACAGACACAGGAAAGUUCAGGCCUUCCUUCUCUCACUCUCUAUUCUUCUGUUACGCACCAUGUAAGAAUGUAUUUUCUUAUCAGAACCAAAAAUACCAUUGAGGACACAGUGGAGAAGAUUCUCUGCAGGUAUAUCUACUUUAUUUUGGUAAACCGGGCAUUACAGGGUUCUCUUUUGCAACCACACGUUGUGAUUUAGGCUGAAAAAAUGAAAGGUAUUUUCAGAUAAAAACCUUGCCUGCUACUGCUUUAAUUACUGUAAACAGCUAAACAGCAUAAUGCACAAAUUUAGGGUAAAUAUUUCCUGUAUUAUAGUAAAAAUGUGUUAAAAGCUCCCACUUACUUCUGUUCUCUUCACAUAAUUUAAAUGGGUAAAUUGUGAUGAAUGAAGUUGACAUUUGUACAGCUUUGUGGGAAAAGUCUGCUGUAAUCCUUUUUGAAUACUGUUUUUAUUUUCGAGAAAAUGGCUUGCUUGCGGUUUAUCAGCUUCUCAGUCACAGGAAAUGUGAAUCUAUCCCUGCUGAGUGUUUUUCUGUAAACAUGUAGCCAGCAUUGAACACAAAACCCUUAGCCCUCUUUGUAUAUAUGCCUAUUAAUUUGUGGUUUUGUGUGUUUGCGUGUGUUGUAUGUGUGUGCAUUUGUGGCUGUUUUGCACAUAUAUAUGUAUUCAUGUUUUCUCUCUGCAGAACAUGUGGUGCUGGUAAAUCCAGGGUUUAUAGCAGUAUAUAUUGUUGCUUCUGUUAAUGUGUGACCAUGCUUUGCUCAGCGCCUUGUUUACUGUCUAAUAGAAAACAUAUGCAGUGACUAUUUCGGAUCAGACUGGCAGCACAGUACCUCUGCCACAACACCCUCCAUUAGCCUUUGAAAUGCUUAUAUUGCAAACGUGUCAGCCUGUAAGCUUUUAUUAAAAAACGGGUGACAAUUUGAACACAGCUUCUCUGUUUGGCCACUUAGCUCACCUAAAGUAUUGCUUUAUUAUCGCUUAAGUGAACCGUUUCUGGUCUUUGUAUUAUAUCACCACACAACCAAUCCCUUUAUAAAAUCAGUUAUUGUGUUAUUCAAUAAAAGCUGAUAAGAAUUAAAUAAUGUUCACAUCAAUGGAAUGAGUUUAUGGGACAUGUAGUUGUGAGAAUGAGUUUAGCUGUGAGAAAAUCUCAAUGGUCGAUGUUUAUGCUUUUUCAGCUACUUCUAUGUAAAGAAAAAAAGAAAAUUAAUCUGUCGCACACAGUGAAAAGAGGCUCAUCAGGUGAAUGUAAGGACGGGAGGCGAUGAGAGAGAAACUUAUGGAAGCUGUCCCUGCAAGAAGAAUAUUAGCAAAGCUGUUAAGACUGAAGGCUUUCAAAUGCAAAUACAGAUAACAUAUUGUAUAUUUUACCAGAUUAUAUACAGUUGUUU